AUGGCUCGCUCAAAGGUUCUGUGCACUUGCAUUCUGAUCAUCAUCCUCAGCUCAAUCCAAGCCGAGGCAAGGCGGCUCACAACUGCGACGGCGGUGACGGUGGCGAGCAAGGGGAAGGAGCCAUGGGGCGCGUUGGAAAGUAACAGCCGAAGCUUGAGAGCAACUUCAAGUGAGACUAGCAUAGCAGGGGCACAAGGGCUAAACGGCGGAGCCAUGUCGACCGCGACUACGGUGGAAUCCCGGGGGACGGCGCCUGGGAACAGUCCCGGCAUAGGCAACAAAGGGAAGAUCAACAACUAG